AUGAAAUUAAUUUAUUUUUAUUUGAUUACAUGUAUAUUAUUAAUUUAUAGUGAUCAAGGAUUUUCACAUGAUGAUUAUGAUGACGAUGUUAAUUCAUUUUUCAAUAAUGGAAAUGAUUUAUAUGGUGGAUAUUAUUCAGGAAAUUAUGAUGAUCAUCAUCAACAUCCUCCACCAGAUAGUCCAGAUGGAGAAGGUCAACCACCACCACCCCCACCACCACCACCACCAUCACCACCUCGGGAUGAUGGUCAACAACAACAACAAAUGCCUCCACCACCUCCUAAACCUCCGCGUCGUGAAGAACCUCAAGGACCAGAGCGGCCUGAUGGCGACAGAGAUCAACAUCGGCCACACAAUAACCGCAGUCAUCAUCACCGAUAUUAUGAUGAUUUAGAUAGAUAUGAUAUGGAAGUAAGAGAUUUAGUUUUCGGUGGACAUCAUCAUUAUAAACCAAGAUAUUAUGGAGAAGGUCAUGGUUUAAAAGGUGAAGAAGCUUAUGGUAAUACACCAAAAGAUCCUACCAAAUAUGAUCAAUAUGGGAAUUAUUUACCUGAUUAUCUCAAACAACCGCAAAAUACUCCACCGCCUAUACCUGUUCCCAGUGCAUUACAAAACGGCGAUGGUGAAGAGGAAAAUGAUAAACACGAUGAAGAAAAAGAGAAUGAAUCUAAGCCGAAAAAAUAUGUUAAAUAUGAGAAAUAUAAGCCGUCAACCAAACGGGUAUCAAGUAAGAAAAACGGAAAAUCGAAAAAAUACGGAAAGAAAGGAAAGUAUGGAAGCAAGGGAAAAUAUAAAAAAUAUCGAAAUAAGUAUACGACAGAAGCAAUGCCACAACCAACACCAUAUCCAGAAGAGCCAGCUCCUCGGCCAAAUGAGGAAGACAACGGAGAUAGCCAAGAAUAG